AUGGUCAACGGACCCAGGUACAGCGCGAAAGAGAAAGGCAAACGCCCUUAUGAACCUUCGUGGCAAGAGCAGCAAGUUGUAUUUCCAGUAGUGCGCGGCGGACCUCGCGCCACACGUCCUGUGGUCAUCACCGGCAUACUCGGGCAUUAUGAAACUGACUACAUAUUCAUAGACCCGGGAAGUACUGCCGACAUCAUUUAUGAGCAAUGUUUCAAUCAGCUGGAUGAAGAGGAUAAAGCGCGACUCGAACCUGUCGAUUAUCCUUUGUCUGGAUUUUGCAACGAAAUGGUUUUUCCUCUCGGACAGAUCAGUUUCCCUGUCACGCUCUCUGACGGGAAACACUCAAGAACAACAAAUGUGAACUUUAUGGUAAUGCCAGUGAAAUCAAGGCAUGAUGUGCUUCUUGGGAGGGAAACACAAGGCGAGCUAAACAUGGUGACGUCAACGCCUCAUUCUGCAAUAGGUUUCCCAACCAAAACAGGAGUAGCAAUCAUAUACGCCAAGAAGGAAGUAAUGUCAACUGACGAGCUGCGCCCAACAAAGGCGGCAAAGCGCGAAAACACUCCAGCAUUUCAAGGUGGUUCAAACCACCUCCAAGGUCCUCCGCAAACAAAGCGCGAGACCGGGUGGCCACCUUAA